GGAAACCGAGAAAGACGGAGCAUUGAAAAGAAGGCUCAUAAAGACGCACUCAAACAGUCUGUUUGUGCACCGUUUCACCCACUUUCCAAGUCCUCCCUUGGCGCAGAUCCCCCCCCCCCGCUUGCGGGGGGGGAACCACAUCCGCGUCCACACAGUACGGACAAGGAAAGUGGGUUUAAUGGGGACGCACAAACAGUGGCUGAAAAAUGGACUUCCUUCAAAAAACACUCGCGGCAAAUAUUUUUUUUUGGUAAAGGUGGUGGUCAAUGUAGGUCCUCAGACGAGUGUCGUGAUGUCGAAGGUGCUCGUGAGAAAUUGGUGAACAAAGACCUUUUGGUUUUUAUAAGCUCAAAAUUAAAAUCUCCAUCUGAAAGCUUAGCUCUCCAAACGUGUCGGUGUUUGGUCAACAUGACGUACUAUAAUGAAGACGCCAGAAAGUGUUUAUUCACUGAAGCAGAUGCAUUAAAAGAACUUACAAACAUUGUUAAGUCGUACCCCACCUUACAACUUGUUGGUUUGAGUUGUUAUGCUAACAUGUUCGAAUCGUGUGAAGAGCUUCAGACACUUUUAAUCGACGACGGAUUCCUUUCCGUUUGUGAAGCGUGCGUUUCCACGAAUUACGCUACUGUCAUUCGAACAUUGAACAACAUCUCUGUACUUGACAAAACCAAUUUCAUCUUCGCUUCACACUUUUUCGAGGUUUUCCUUGACUCAGUUCCUACUGAUUUGGCCGACACGUCGUUCUCUGAAGUUGCUGAGUUCACAAUCAGUCACUUGUCCUACCCCGAGUUUAGAAAGUGUUUUGUUAAACACUUCGGGAAGUUCGAAGUUUGUUAUGAAAAGGCAAUCGAUGUUGUUGUGUCCCCGCUUUUCCCUAAAAAUGUUGAAGAAGAGAGUCUAAACACCGUUUGUUUGGCUGUCAAAACAGUCUUUGAUUUGUACGACUCGAUUUUCCAAUACCAAGACCUCACUUUCAUGUACGAAAACAUUUUGGACUUGACGAUUGCUUAUACCCUCCAUGGAGAUCUUUUUGCUAAAGACUUCAUCCCAGCACCAACACAAGACCACACUUGUUCGAUAUUAUGUCAUGUUGCAACGAUCGAUCAAUAUCUUCCAAAAAUUUUCGAGCACUAUGCAACCUUUUUGAAGUUGACUGUUGGAACAAAUGGGAAUAGCAAGUUGAUGGAAUUGCAAAAACACGCAUCGGGGAUUUUACAGUCAUUUUCUACAAAUGAGGAAUAUUGCAAGAAGAUGGUCGCUGAUGAUGUCAUCACGCAAUUUAAAGUUCUCUUCGAUGGGAUGGGGAUGAACAACCAACCACUUAUUUUCAGAUGUUUGUCUGUAUUACACAACAUGACGGUCAUGUUAGAUGACAAGAGUGUCUUGAUGACCGACUCGAGCUGUUACCUUAUUGUCCAGACAUUCAAAAUGAUGGGAAACAUUGUUGUUAGAUUUUCUGCGGUUCAGUGCUUAAGAAACUUGAUCAACGCUGACGCGAAGUUCUUUGAAGUCUUCAAGAAGAAUGGUGGAUGUGAUGCGCUUCUUGAUGUUUGUCUUGGGAAAGAUGAGAGACAAGAGAAUCAAGAGCAACCUGAUAAACGUGUUCGUUACGAGUCGACUCGCAUUUUAGUUUCUAUCUUAAAGACCGACAAAGACAGAUUGAAUGAUUUUGCAAGAACAGAUGAGGUCUAUAAGUGUCUUCUUGAGAAUUUGAAAACAGACUUUGCGCUCCUCAUCAAGGAAGUGAUGACCCUCAUUAUCCAAUUUAUGGAUUGGGGAUUUUCGAUUCCAAAUGAAGUCCUUGUCGAAAUUCGAGCAGUGGUGAAGGACAAGCUCGAGACUCUUUUGAAAUCCCCUGCCGAAAACCAGACUAUGAACAAAGACGUUUUGGACGUCUUUGAGAAAUUCUUGAACCACUAA